UCCUCCACACUUGGUGGCGCUGAAGCGGGAAAUCCCGCAAUAGAAUCGUUAGAAGAAGAAUGGUAGUCAAGAUGGACGCGGAGCUGUUGCUGUUUUUGGUGUCUGAGAACAAGGAAUUAUUUGAUAAAAACCACAGUGAGUACAAAAACACGAAGCGGAAAGAAGUUCUCUGGCAAGGAAUAGCAGACAAAAUGGGAGUCGAUGUGGAAGAGGUGAAAGCUAAAUGGAAAAAUCUAAGAGACACAUACACCAGGAAAAAGCGGCUGGAGCAGGAUGGUAGUCGGGGUGGAAGGGCAGCUAAGAAAAAGAAGCAAUGGAAAUAUAUGCGAGUGAUGGACUUUCUCGAUCCCUCCACAGAGCACAGAAGUGUUCUAUUGGACAGCCUUCCCAGCAAAAUCGAGGAUGAUGAGCCAGAUGAAGACAGCGGGGCCGAACCAGCCAGCACCAGUACAGGAACAUCAGUGACAAGUCCAGGAGCUGACAUUGUAAAGAGAAGGCGAUCAGAGACACUAGAGCUGUUGGAAAGGUAUCUGGCAUCCAAAGAUGCAAAAGACAGAGAGAAAGAUGAACAGCAAGAUGAAGUCGAUUUAUUUCUUCGGAGCUUAGCACCUGCUUUAAGACGCCUUCCUGCUUCAAAGCAGUCCUUGGUGAAGCUUCAGAUCCAAAAAAUACUUCAUGACGCAGAGUUCGGACAGCCCAGCUUUCCUCAGAUAUCCUCAGUGUCGCCAAGUAAUCAGUUGUUACUACAGUGUAGUGUCGUAAAGCCCAGUUGAAAUGCUUUUUUAUUGAAAAUAAAUGUAACUUUA